AUGGACGGGUCUACUUUUUUUCGCGACGGGAUACGACAGAUAGAUUUCGUGCUGGCCUACCGCGAGAACGACACCGAAGAGGCCGAGAAAAACGUCGGAAUCCUUGAAGAUAGUGAGACGGAUGGCGAGGGCGCUGAUAUUUCGGCCCGCGAAACCCAGCCGGGACCUCGAGGCAAUGUUCAGUUGAAGACGGCGUUUAUGCUUGGCGAUAGCGAAGGCUUCGACAAGUCCGGGGUGCAGCUGCCAUCCGAACGCGUAUCUCAACGCUCCACACGACGCCGUCGUGGUCGAGCUGGGGCGGGCCGCGAUUUGGAUUCGACCCAAUCCGCCGAGCAACAAGCCUACAGCCCGCCGCAGCGCAGCCAAAGCGCCCCGGCCGAAACGAGGGCAUCAAAUGAUGAGCUACGAACCCCUGCCAAGGCGAGCCCCGAGAAGACGUCAACUCGCCAGUCUGAGCGCCGAACCCGUUCAGCCGAACCGUACACCGACAACAAGGGCAUCAAGCGGUGGCUCUCGCUGAGGUCGUUGCAACACGGGGAAAGCAGCCGCAAAAACCGCAUCAAUCGCUUCCGGAGCCGCUUCGUGUCCGAGCUCCAGAAAUUGGGCCUUCAAGUCGAACGCAUUCCGGCUGAUGACCAGAAUCCGCUCCAUUUCGUGCUCAUCCACGCGCCGCUGCCGCUGCUCGAAGAGUACGGCGAGAAACUGGGCGUGAACGUCCCGGUCCGAAAUACGUUGUUGCCCCAUCGCGAGGUAGCUAAAAGCCGAAACAAUUGCUUCCGCCGAGUUACGAGCUAUCUAUUCGAACGCCGCUCUGAUAAGCAAAUUCUUCAAGACCAGAAGCGCCGCCAUUUCGAGCCGUAUAAGCGCGGCCAGCCGGAAAAGUUUCUGAACGGAAAUGAGCCGGAAAAGAUAUUCUCGACGUCAGACCGGGCUCGCAUCGUCUACGAGUUGCUACGAAGCACGCAAUACGGCAACAAGGAGAAAGAAAAAGUCGGCAUCGAACGCCUGCUGCGAGCUGGCGCUUUUGCGGCAGCUUACCCUCUUCAUCAAUCGCUGCGGACUGGAGACGAGUUGUGGAGCGCGCCUGAGGAGGAACUGAACCGGCGUGAGCUGCUCGUCAAGCACUGGGGAUCGUUGAGGGCGUUGAGGAUGCGGCAGCCGAUCGACUUGGUCAAGGACUAUUUCGGGGCCAAGGUCGCGCUCUACUUCGCCUUUCUCGGUACCUACACGCGGAUGAUGGCGUUGCCAAGUCUGCUCGGCUUCGUCUGGUUGUUCUGCGUCUUUGUCAUGCUCAUCACCGACCAGUCGGCAAUCGAUGAAGUCUGCAACGACCACACGACCAUCCUCUGCCCCAAGUGCGACAACUUUUGCGAUUUUCGCAAGAUGGACGGGAACUGUUUUAUGGCCAAGGUCUCCUACCUAUUCGAUCAAUGGGGAGUGCUGAUUGUCGGCGUUUGUAUCACUGUCUGGGCCCAGGUCUUUCUCCAAGCCUGGAAGCGCAACCAAAAUGCACUGACCUAUCGCUGGGGCCUGAAAGACGCGUUCUACCAAGAGGCAACUAUCCGCCUCGACUUCAAGCUACGCGUGACCACGCUGCGCACGGACCCGGUCACCGACAGGGUCGAGCCCUAUUUGACGUGGAACAAACGGGCUGUAAACCUGCUCGUCAACGUGCUCCUCUUCCUCGGCGUCGCCAUGUUCAUCAUCGGCUCGCUCGUGCUCAGCUUCUUCUUGCGUCGCUUUAUCGAUCAAUGGGCGAUCAUGUUGACGAAGCGUGGAGAUGCCUCGGACACGUUCAACACCCUGUUCUCCUCCUCGGUGAUCGCCACGCUGCACCUGAUCAUCAUCCUCACGUUCAACGCGGUUUAUCAAAUGCUCAUCGAAGGCCUCGUCGAAUGGGAAUGCCCUCGCACUCAGCUUGACUUCGACAACUCGUUCAUACUGAAGAUUUUUGUCGCUGAAUUUUUCAACACUAACAGCUCGCUCUUCUUCAUCGCCUUCGCACAGCCAAUGUUCGGCAAGCACUGGUCGUUCCUCUCCUCGCAGCGCGGUCUCGGGGUACGUGCGUGCAUCUCGAACUGCUUCGUGGAGCUGACAAUCCAGAUGGGCAUCAUCUUUAUCGGCACCCAGCUGGCCAAGGCAAUUUUCGAGUCGAUUAUUCCGGUGCUGAUCAAACGAGGCAAGCUGUGCCGAGCCCGCUUCGCGAACUGGACGGGCGGCCGCCGAGGAUUCCGAGGAAAAGAGGGCCGUUACGAACAGCUGAAGGAUACAUCUGUGGUCCCGCAAUGGGAAUCCGACUACUACCUCUGCGCCAACGAGCCCCACUUCCUCUGCUAUGAAUACGCAGAAUUGGUGAUGCAGUUCUCGGUUCUCGUGCUCUUCUCCCCAGCAUUCCCGCUCGCAGCGCUUUUCGCGCUCAUCAACAACCUGAUCGAAAUCCGCGCCGACAGCUACAAGUUUCUGCGCCUGAAGCAGCGCCCCGUGCCCGAGGAGGUCGAGUCGAUUGGCAUCUGGACCAACAUACUCGAGUUCAUCGUCCGGCUCUCCGUCUAUGUCAAUGCGCUCCUAAUCGCCUUCACCUCGGAGUUUGUGCCGUCGAUGAAAUGGCGCGUGCACAACGGGUCUUUCAAGGGAUACGCCAACCACUCCCAUUCUAUCUUUGACACCCGCUUCCUGCCCGCCUUCUCGCCGUCGAUCAUGAACUCUUCCGAAUACUUCAACACAAGCAUCGUUGAUCGCUAUGGCGCCGCGAAAACGAUCCCGCUAGAGUGCAGAUACUAUGGCUUCUACACACCGCACUGUAUCGUGCCGCCAAAUUCCACCGAAUACGGCUUCGAUCCGCUUGAUGGACCACAAGCCGAAUGUGUUCGGGGCCCGAAAAUCGAGUUCUCCGACGAAUGGUGGUAUAAUACGGUGCUACGCUUGUGUGUGGCGAUCGCAUUCGUAUUGCUGCUCAAUGCUCUGCGCUGGAUUGUGCGCCAGCUCUACUCGGAAAUGCCGCAGAAGGUGGCGAAGAGCAUGGCCAGGGACAAGUUCUACGGCAAGAAGCGGCUUCUCGAGUCGGGCGUGCUCGCCACCCAUUCGCACACCCUCGACAAAACCGAAAUCUCAGAUGUGGUCGUUGUUGAGAAGAAGGGCUCC